GGAGGAGACAGGAGACCUGAUUAACACCAAGAAAACCCCGGGGCGCUUCGAGGGUCGUUCCUGUCCGCUUUGCCCCAAGGUUGUGAUCGGCUUCAGUCAGCACCUGAGGUACACGCACAACGUGAGGAACACGGAGGAGAGGGUCCUCCUUUGUAAUUGGCGGUCGGGCCGUGUCAAUAUCAGGCAGCAGCCGUGUCCGGUGACGGGAUGCUCCACCCGGCUCAGCAGGCUGGAUCGACACAUGGAGUUACACACGGAGCUCGACAGAUCGCAGAGGAGACAGGCUAUACAGGAACUGAGGAGACGGCUGACCAUGGAGCGGCUGGCCGCGUUGAGGGCCUCCGACCCUGUCGUCCCGCUGACCACCCGUUUUGAUAUUGUGGAGGAGGAUACGAAGCAGGAAGACCACUCUGUAGAUUUACCACUUCCUCCUUUGAAAGAGGAAGAGGAGAAGAAGGACGUGAGCUGCCAAGAUUAUUCCUGCCACUGCCGAGCGUCGAUCCUGAGGCUGCGGAAAGCUUUGCAAGAGCGCGACGAGGCCCUGACCAAGAGAAGUGCGACCAACCAAUCCGUUAGAGAGGACAACCUGAAGCUGAUCUCUGAAUUGAAUAGAGCGAGGAAGAGGUACCAGCUACUGAAAAGGCAGAGUGUCAGGGCCAGAUCAGCAAAGGCCAGGUCAGCAAAGAGGUCCAGGUUUCAGGCCGAUCCGUCUCCUCCUACGUCAGACACAGAACAAGAGGAGCUGCAGCAGGACCGAGCCGUGGGCUCAGGGGCCCAGACAGAGGACGCCACGGCGCCCGGAUCUAGCAGCCAAAGUCCCUUCCCGGGCUCUGCUCUGAGUGUGUUUAUAGAGGGGUUCAGGAAGACCUGUGAAGGCCCCAAUCCAAACAAUUGGAUGAAGCAAAAUUGUGACGCAAAACUCAAGCCGGUGCAUCACUUUUUGAAGGACAUGGCGAAGGAUGAGAUUAAUCCAUCCACUCUCACUUUCCUGACAAACCAGGACAACAUGAGGAGAUGGUUCCAGACCCUUCAGAAAAACAUGGCCGUCACCACGGUCAACCACUACACCUCCACUAUCGGUGCGUUUCUCCAGUACUCCGAGGAGACCCCUCCGCCUGGCUGUCGGCUGACCAGAAACCACUGGAGGGAGAUCAACCGGGCGAUGAUGGAGAUUAACAAGUCCGUGAAAGGAUCAGUUUCCAACGAGAAAGGCAAGGUGGUGUCUAUAGAGAGCCUGAUGAAGUGCCGGGCUCUUGCCAGGGACAAGAUCCCUCAAGUGCUGAAAACCUUGAAAGAAACAAAAACACAGACGAACCAGAACCGGUUUUACGGAUUCCUGUGCGCCUAUUUUACCUCCAUGUACGGCCACAGCCCGGGCCUUUAUAGAAACAUGAUGGUGAAGGAGGUGGAGGAGGUCCAGUGGUGUCUGUCUGGGUCCUAUCUGAUCAACGUGGGAAACGCAAAGCAAACCACGAUCCAGAUGUCGCUGGAUAAAGAGGAGUACUCUUGGUUUAGAGACUUCCUGAAAGUCAAGCGCUACCUCCCGGGGGGAAAGAAAGACCAGUUCUUCUUUUUCAAUUCCACCAACACCGAGAUCAAAAACCUGCCCGUCUACCUGAGGGAGGCAUGGAAGGAGAUGGGCCUGCCUGACAGCCCUUCCUUCACUGACCUGAGGACUUCCGUCAUCAGUCACGUUAAAAACGUUCUCUCGAAUGCCGACGGGGAAACGUUGGCCGACUUCAUGUGCCACGACAGCCAGAUGGAAGACAAACGUUACGCCACAAAUCCUUCCAAAGCCGGUGAGACCAGCGCCUUCCUUGAGACGGCGUCGAAGGGAGAAGAUACCGCGCCACGUCCGCCGCCGGGGAGAACCAACCCUCCGGAGAAAGAAAGCGGAAGACGAAAGAGGACCACGCCAUCUCCGAGCGGACCCCUGAAGAGACCGAGGUGCCGUACCAGGAGUCUGACACGUCCGCCGGCGAGGAGCAGAAACGGACGGCCGGGCAAACUCUAGUAAAAUAAGAUCAUUCAGAGACAACGCAUUAGAUUACAAAGAUGCACUCGUAUACCGUUUAACACUCAAGAACAAACCGAUUGAUACUCAGGCUUUGGGGGUCUCCUCAAACUGAGGAGUAUGUCGCCGCUCGCCUCCCACUUUGUCACGCUGCAGGGGAUGAAGCAGCUGAGGUCCAUUUAAAGCCUCCAGGAGAAAGAAGGACGAGGAAAGAGGGGGGUUGACCUCUGACAGUCAGAUGGAAGAGGGGGGUUGACCUCUGACAGUCAGGUGGAAGAGGGGGGUUGACCUCUGACAGUCAGAUAGAAGAGGGGGGUUGACCUCUGACAGUCAGGUGGAAGAGGGGGGUUGACCUCUGACAGUCAGAUAGAAGAGGGGGGUUGACCUCUGACAGUCAGGUGGAGGAGGGGGGUUGACCUCUGACAGUCAGAAGAGGGGGGUUGACCUCUGACAGUCAGAAGAGGGGGGUUGACCUCUGACAGUCAGAAGAGGGGGGUUGACCUCUUGACAGUCAGAAGAGGGGGGUUGACCUCUGACAGUCAGAAGAGGGGGGUUGACCUCUGACAGUCAGAUAGAAGAGGGGGGUUGACCUCUGACAGUCAGAUAGAAGAGGGGGGUUGACCUCUGACAGUCAGAUAGAAGAGGGGGGUUGACCUCUGACAGUCAGAAGAGGGGGGUUGACCUCUUGACAGUCAGAAGAGGGGGGUUGACCUCUGACAGUCAGAAGAGGGGGGUUGACCUCUGACAGUCAGAUAGAAGAGGGGGGUUGACCUCUGACAGUCAGAUAGAAGAGGGGGGUUGACCUCUGACAGUCAGAUAGAAGAGGGGGGUUGACCUCUGACAGUCAGAUAGAAGAGGGGGGUUGACCUCUGACAGUCAGAUAGAAGAGGGGGGUUGACCUCUGACAGUCAGAAGAGGGGGGUUGACCUCUGACAGUCAGAUAGAAGAGGGGGGUUGACCUCUGACAGUCAGAUAGAAGAGGGGGGUUGACCUCUGACAGUCAGAUAGAAGAGGGGGGUUGACCUCUGACAGUCAGGUGGAAGAGGGGGGUUGACCUCUGACAGUCAGGUGGAAGAGGGGGGUUGACCUCUGACAGUCAGGUGGAGGAGGGGGGUUGACCUCUGACAGUCAGGUGGAGGAGGGGGGUUGACCUCUGACAGUCAGGUGGAAGAGGGGGGUUGACCUCUGACAGUCAGGUGGAAGAGGGGGGUUGACCUCUGACAGUUAGGUGGAAGAGGGGGGUUGACCUCUGACAGUCAGAUAGAAGAGGGGAGCUGUCUUCUGAAGAAUGUUCGACUUUCUCACAUGUAUACACACACACCACACACCACACACACACACAGACACACACAUUAUUAUAAAGUCAUUUAAUGUCAUUUCAUUUGAUUUCUCGUUUCGAUUAUUAAAUAAAAUAUUGUUACUAGUUGUC